UUAACAAAUAGACUUUUAAUUGUGAUUAUUUCUAAUUUACAUUCUAAAUUAUUACUAUGUCCGAAUAUUGGAAAGCUAUUCCAAAGAAAUUUUGUGAAGUCUGUAAAUGUUGGUUUACUGAUAAAGGUACUGGCGAAUUUCACGAGAAAGGUCUUCGCCAUCAAAAUGCUGUUAAGAAAAGAUUAACGGAGCUUUCUAAACGUAAUCAAGUUCAAAAACAUGAAGCUGAUAAAUUGAAUGGCGAGAGGAUGAAAAUAGAUUCUGCAACCAUGAGUGCAUUUAGUAAAGAUAAAGCAGCUGAUCCAAAUAAAGUACAAGGAUUAACAUACACUAAAUCCAUUUCCAAUACAAAUAAAUCUCAACGAGAUAAACCAAGUACAUCUUUAGGAAGCAAUAGAUUUGGGGUGAUGUCCAGUUUAACACAGCCAGAGGAAAGUAAAACAUUGAUAUCGGUCAGAGAAAAAUGUUCUAACACGAUGACAAGUAAAACAGCUAAACAAAAACCUCAACAUUUGGACAAUAAUCCGUUAAAUGAGGCCAUGAAAAGAGUGACAAUGAAACGGUGA